AUGGAAGAAUAUUUAAAUUAGAAUGACCAUUAAACAAGAUUUAGCGAUUAUUAUACUUAUGUUGAAACUCUAGGACAAGGUGCUUUUGGAUUAGUUGUUAAAGCAUUCAAUAAUCACUCAAAAGUAUUGGUAGCAGUAAAGGUAGCUAUAUCAUCAAUAAAUUAGAUUAUCUCAAAAGCAACUAUAAAAAAAUUUGAGACUCUUGAAUAAGAAGCUGCCAUUUUUUCAUAAUUAAAUCAUGAAAAUAUAGUCAAAUUUUAUGAUAUUAAAAGAACAGAUACUAAAAUUUUGAUAGAAAUGGAAAUCAUAAAUGGAGGAUCAUUAUAAAAAUUAAUGGAUACUAAAUUAAAACAUAAUUAAUGGUUUGAAGUUAAAGAAAUUAAGUUAAUUAUUUAAGGGAUUCUUGGUGCCCUAUCUUACAUACAUGAUAAUCACUUUGUUCAUAGAGAUUUAAAGCCAGAUAAUAUACUAAUAGGAGAAGCAGCACAUGUUGUUAAAAUUACUGAUUUUGGAUUGAGUUCCCAACAUAAUCGAUAUGCAUUAAUGUAAAAGAAAUGUGGUACUUUAACAUAUAUGGCUCCAGAGUUAUUAUUAAAAAAAGUUUAUAACAAAGUAUGAUGGUUAUUUAAUUAGAAUGUAGAUGUGUGGAGUGUAGGAGUUAUAUUGUAUCAAUUGCUAAAUAAGGGUUAACAUCCAUAUUUUACAAAUGGAUAAAACCAAGAAUAAUUAAUUAAAAAUAUGGAAAAUAUGCAUACAGUAAAUAACGUUCAUAAUAUGGAUCGGUAUUUUGGUUGAUUUAACAUAGUUAAUAGAUAUCUUUAUUUCAAAGAAUGACUGAGCUUGAUUCCACCAAAAGAUACAGUGCUUUUUAGGCUUUGCUUCAUCCUUGGAUAAAUGAGAAAAGGUAAAUGAUUCCGUAAAAUUUCACUGAAAUGUUUGAUCUUUGGCUAUUAACAUAGAAGGCCAUCGUUUUUAUAAAAGGUUUGAUGAUUAUCAUUAAUCUCAAAAAUAAUGUCAAUAUAUCAGGGUAAAAAUAUCUUUCUAUAUCUGAUAAUUAAUCAAAAUUAACCAAAACUGAUGUAAGUGAUGAUAAUUAGGAUUUUUCACCAUACUAUUAAACUUCAAACUUAUUAAAUUUCUUAAAAAUAAGACAAAAAGUUUAGAAAUCGAAGUAGAGUGAUUAUUCUUCUACAAAUGCCUCUCCAAUAAUGAUCAAAAGCACAGAUAGAUAAGAAAAUAGCAAUGGCAAUGUAUUAUUCUUACAUGGUCUGCUACCAGAUUUAAAAGUUGCAACAAUAUACCCUGAAAAAAAUUAAAAGGUUCAUAUAAAAAGAUUGGAUAGUUCAUUAUCUCAAAAUACAAAAAAUAGUAGUACUAGCCCAUAUAGAUGUAAUGGUAAUAAAUAAAUGAAAUUUUUACUUAAACCUUUGCCUACAUAAAAUGAUCUUCAAAAAGUAACCUAAACUGUAGAUUUAUACAAAAUGUAGUAAAUACUAAAUUAAGUUAGGCAAAAAUAAUUUCGAUAUAAAUAGACUGGAAUCCUAGAAAACAAUUCACAAGGGUUCAGCCCUUUCCACAAAAAAACGGCAUCUUUUCAUUAGAGUCGAACUACAAAAUAUAAAACUGAAGCUUAAUUUAGACAGAAAAGAAUUUAAAGUACUAUCGAUUAGAAGAAACAAGACAAUAAUUUAAAUUAUUUUAAAAAAAGAUGAUUAAUUGAUUCUGAAAGUAUUUGUAGAUGCUGAC